CGCAGGAAGCGGUUUUUGUUGGCCAACUGGAUUUUUCCGGAACCAUGUGGAUUUGUAAACAUUGGCCACUCGUCUACAGCUAACGCCGCCUUUAUGCAUGUUUUAACAAGUAUAGAUUAGUUUUCAGGUGUUUUCUUGUAUACCUAUAUAUUACGGUUUUAUUAUUUUAAAGGACAACUUUAAUUGAUACUAAUGCUAAUGAUAUCUAGCUAGCCGUGGGCCUCUUUGCUAAUCUCAACUCUGCAGCUGCAGUGUUAUUCCGUUCCCAGAGUCUCAUUGGUGUUACCUGAUGGACUCUCAUCCUCUGAAGCUGCUGGCCGUGGAUCCCUCGGACCGAGGUUCCCAGAGGUGCAGGAUGGGUCCGGGUUUGAUGUCAGCGCUGGGUCUGAGUUUGGGCUCCCCGGUGUUGGUGCAUGUUCCCGGGGGGAGCUGCCUGUGCACCGCAUGGCCCCGCUCCGACCUGGCUGAAGGAUUUCUGCAGAUCGACCAAAAGUGUUUUACUCCUAGUUUGAUCUCCCCAUUCCCUCCACGCCUGAACAUAGAAGCAGCUCAGCUCACACCUCUACCCUGCCCCAAACUUCGAUGCGUCAAAGUGACCGUGGUUGUUCAGACUAUUGGUUUUAAGAAGCACACAGACCGUCAGAUUGUUCAUGAGAUUGUGAAGGACAUGCUGAAGGGAAUCACUGUCCACAAAGACUUCGUGAUCAGCCUGGAAUAUUUUGAUAUAGAAAUCAAGUAUGUUGUAAUAGAUGGCCUACAUCCAGAUUCUGCAACCGCUGGAUUGAUCACCCAUAAGACCAGUGUGGAGAUAUCCAACAUCCAGACUGUCAGGCACUUCAAGAGUCAGCAGCAGAAGCAGGAAACCAUCCCACUGGGAGGACUGGAGGAGGUGACUGCGUCCCUGAAGGAGAUGCUGCAGCUGCCACUGCUCUAUCCAAGAACCCUGAACUCCGUUGGGGUGACCUGUCCUAGAGGCGUGCUCCUGGUGGGGCCUCCUGGGGUGGGCAAGACUCAAAUAGUGCGGAAGGUUGUAGGAGAAGUGGGAGCCAGUCUGGUGGCAGUCAGAGGCCCAGAGCUGGUGGGGUCGCGGCCAGGUGAGAGUGAGGCGGCGCUGAGAACUGUGUUUGAGCGCGCUCGCGCCGCAACAGAAGACGGCCCCUGCGUACUCUUCCUGGAUGAGCUGGACUCGCUGUUUCCGAGGAGAACCGGCUCGUCUGCGCCGGAGAACCGCAUGGUGGCUCAGCUUCUCACCCUGAUGGACGGAAUAGAUCAGUCUGACCGCUUCCUCAUCGUUGGAGCCACAAACAGACCAGACAGCUUAGACCCGGCGCUGCGCCGGCCCGGAAGGUUUGACAAAGAGGUCAUCAUCGGUGCCCCCACCUUGACUCAAAGGUUGGCCAUCCUAAAGGUUUUGUGUGAGAAGAUUCCCGUGAGCCCCACUUUGAACAUGGCUGAGCUCGCUCAAAGAACUACCGGAUAUGUUGGAGCAGACCUGAACGCGCUGUGCAGGGAAGCGGCCAUGCACGCUGUGAGAGAAAACGCAAAGGGUUCAAACGAGCAGAAGGUGGUCAUGAAGCACUUUGAGGAGGCCCUGAAAGUGGUGACUCCUUCCUGCCUGCGCAGCAGCGUGGGCAGGACAGACCUCACUCCGGUGCUUUGGGACCACAUAGGGGGCCUGGAUGAAGUCAAACUCAAACUAAAACAGAGUAUUGAGUGGCCAAUGAAACACCCUGAGGCGUUUGUCCGUCUGGGUCUGUCGCGGCCCCGGGGUGUGCUGCUCUUCGGACCCCCGGGGUGUGCAAAGACGACCCUCGUCAAAGCUGCAGCCACCUCAUCCAGCUGUGCCUUCCUGUCCGUCAGCAGCGCUGACCUCUACUCUCCUUACGUCGGCGACUCAGAGAUAGCCUUAGCUCAGCUGUUCCGCCAGGCCCGGGCCUGUGCUCCCUGCAUCCUGUUCCUCGAUGAGAUCGACUCCAUGAUUGGCUCGCGGUCCACCAGCGAGACACCGAACAGCGUGCAGACACGUCUCCUGUCCGUGCUGCUGAAUGAGAUGGAUGGGGUCGGGGUAAAAACAAUCGAGAGGAGAGGGGUGCAGAAGACUCUGCAGGCAGAGGGAACGGCGGCGAGCGGAGCACAGGAAGAGCUGGAGUGCCAGGAAGUGUGCAACAAAGGUGUGAUGGUUGUAGCUGCAACAAACAGACCAGACUGCUUAGACAGCGCCCUCCUCAGGCCGGGAAGAAUGGACCAUAUUAUUUAUGUGCCACCGCCUGAUCAACAGGCGCGGCUGUCCAUUUUGAGGGUGUGCACAAAGCGGAUGCCCAUCUGUGCAGACGUGUGUCUGGAGGAGCUGGCAGAGAAGACGGAACUUUACUCUGGAGCUGACCUGGAAAAUCUGUGUAAAGAAGCUGCUCUUUUGGCGUUACUGGAGGAGAACAUGAUGGCGACAUCGGUCAAGCACGCCCAUUUUCUGGCUUCACUCAGCCAGAUGAGUCCUUCCCUCACUGCCCAGCAGAUCCAAGCUUAUCUUAAAACCCCCAGAUAACAUUAGCCUCAUCAUUUAUGGUUUUCAAAUAAACAUAGUAAAACUCA